AUGCGGGCGACGGACUACCACAUGAGAAAGCGCGGAGCCAAGCGUGAAGGUCCAAGCUCACCGUCAGACUCAGGAGCUUCUUCGACAACUGAGGAUUCGAUCGAGUCGCGACAAGCGAAAUGCGCCCGGAAGAGCUCGCGGCGGAGAAAAGUGCUCAGCGCUCGCGAAAGGAAUCUUCGUCGGCUGGAGAGCAACGAAAGAGAACGAAUGCGCAUGCACUCAUUGAAUGAUGCAUUCCAGGAAUUAAGAGAGGUGAUUCCCCACGUGAACCUCGAUCGAAAACUGUCCAAAAUCGAGACACUGACUUUGGCUAAAAACUACAUCAAGGCACUCACGAAUGUGAUAUGUGAGAUGCGCGGUGAGCCGACCCCUUACAAAUUUGAUUUAGCUUCUGAGGAAGCUGAAACUUGUGAACACAGGUCGAUGGACGACAAGGACGCUUGUAAGUCGUGUAGUCGACGAAGCGCACCGAGAAAGGGAAAACAACGGCUAAAUGCCAGCGCCCAAAAUAACAAGGAAGAUGCACACAAUUACGUAGUGGUGCAUGAAGAGGAGGAGGAGGAGGAGGACGACGACGACGAUGAGCGGGCGAAUGAACACGUGGACGACAAAAGUGAUUUAAAUAAUUUAUGUCUUAAAGAAAGCACGGAUUAA